GCACGAGGCCCGCCCAGCAGCGCCCGCCCGCCGCCGCCUCCAGCCCGGCCCCGCCCGGCGCGCGCGCGGGGAUGCCGAGCGGCGGGCGCCGGAGGCCCCGGCCCGGCUAGGCCCGCGCUCGGCCCGGACGCGGCGCCCGAGGCUGGGUGCACUGGCUGGGCUCGGGGAGACCCUGCUGAGACGGGACGGUGAGCGGCACCCCGGCUGGCCCAGCCCUACCGGAUCAGGGCACCAUGAACGACGUGGCCAUCGUGAAGGAGGGUUGGCUGCACAAGAGAGGGGAAUACAUCAAGACCUGGCGGCCCCGGUACUUCCUCCUCAAGAACGACGGCACCUUCAUCGGCUACAAGGAGCGGCCACAGGACGUGGAGCAGAGAGAGUCCCCGCUCAACAACUUCUCUGUGGCGCAGUGUCAGCUGAUGAAGACGGAGCGGCCCAGGCCCAACACCUUCAUCAUCCGCUGCCUGCAGUGGACCACGGUCAUCGAGCGCACCUUCCACGUGGAGACCCCCGAGGAGCGGGAGGAGUGGACCACCGCCAUCCAGACGGUGGCCGACGGGCUCAAGAGGCAGGAGGAGGAAAUGAUGGACUUCCGGUCGGGCUCGCCCAGCGACAACUCGGGGGCCGAGGAGAUGGAGGUGUCCCUGGCCAAGCCCAAGCACCGCGUGACCAUGAACGAGUUUGAGUACCUGAAGCUGCUGGGGAAAGGCACGUUCGGGAAGGUGAUCCUGGUGAAGGAGAAGGCCACGGGUCGCUACUACGCCAUGAAGAUCCUCAAGAAGGAGGUCAUCGUGGCCAAGGAUGAGGUGGCCCACACGCUCACAGAGAACCGCGUUCUCCAGAACUCUCGGCACCCUUUCCUGACGGCCCUGAAGUACUCCUUCCAGACCCACGACCGUCUCUGCUUCGUCAUGGAGUAUGCCAACGGGGGCGAGCUCUUCUUCCACCUGUCCCGGGAGCGGGUCUUCCCCGAGGACCGUGCGCGCUUCUACGGCGCCGAGAUCGUGUCCGCCCUGGACUACCUGCACUCCGAGAAGAACGUGGUCUACCGUGACCUCAAGCUGGAGAACCUCAUGCUGGACAAGGACGGGCACAUCAAGAUCACCGACUUCGGCCUGUGCAAGGAGGGCAUCAAGGACGGUGCCACCAUGAAGACCUUCUGUGGGACGCCCGAGUACCUGGCCCCCGAGGUGCUGGAGGACAACGACUACGGCCGCGCGGUCGACUGGUGGGGGCUGGGCGUGGUCAUGUACGAGAUGCUGUGCGGCCGCCUGCCCUUCUACAACCAGGACCACGAGAAGCUCUUCGAGCUCAUCCUCAUGGAGGAGCUCCGCUUCCCGCGCACGCUCAGCCCCGAGGCCAAGUCCCUGCUGUCGGGGCUGCUCAAAAAGGACCCUAAGCAGAGGCUGGGAGGGGGCGCCGAGGACGCCAAGGAGAUCAUGCAGCACCGCUUUUUCGCCAGCAUCGUGUGGCAGGACGUGUACGAGAAGAAGCUCAGUCCGCCCUUCAAGCCCCAGGUCACCUCAGAGACGGACACCAGGUAUUUUGAUGAGGAGUUCACGGCCCAGAUGAUCACCAUCACGCCCCCCGACCAAGGCGACAGCGUGGAGGGCGAGGACAGCGAGCGGAGGCCCCACUUCCCACAGUUCUCCUACUCCGCCAGCGGCACGGCCUGAGGAGGCCAGCAGCGGACUCCCGACGCCGGCUUCAGGGGACGGGGAGGAAGCCUCGCGGACAAUCCGAUCCCUAGUUCGUGUUGUGUCCGAGGGGAACCGCCUCGGAGCGCGGUGGGAAGGCCUUCGUGCUGCGGGAGGGGCGGCCCGCCUGGGAGGGAUGGGGUCCUGCGGGUCUUUCUAAUUUAUUUCGUCUAGCUCUCCAGACGUGGCCUUGGCCUUCAGAACAAUUAGACUCACA